CACUUUAGAUAGUGAAAUGAUAAUAAGGUCACCUAGUUUUCCACUUGAUAAGAAGGUCCAUUGUAAAUUGUUAUUAAUAUUAGUUUAGUCCUUAUGAAUAAUGAGGUCAUGUUAAAAAAGGUCAGUUUUUAAUUUUUAUCAUUCCGAUUCUGCCCCUAAGGUAACAAACCUUUAUAACCUUCCAUUUCAAAAUCGGGGAGCUCAAAUUUUCUCUCUCCUUUGAUCAGAAAGCUUCCGAUUCGAUUUGAUCGGAGAUCUCUUUCCGAGAUUUUUUCUUCGCCGCUCUCUCCGUCGGAAGCUUCCGAUUUCUCUUUGUGCCUCUGCGACGAUCUGAAAGUGGUUUUGGAGCUUCCUCAGCUCUUUUCUCUUUUUCUGGAUCUCUGGCUUCGUCGGUGUUCGUCUUGAUCACGUUAUUGUGUUCUUCUUCUUCGUUGACUCAGUGCUUAGUUACAGUCUCUCUAUUUCUUCCUCUCUCUGGUUUUCUCUGAUUUGAUCGUUGUUAUGGAUACUAGCUAUGUUGUCAAGUUUAUUUAUUCUGGUGAAGCAGCGACAGUUCCAUUGUUGCAUAAUUGGUCGUUUGUUGACCUAUGCAAUUCCAUACGCUCUCGUUUUCCUGAUUUGAUUCAAGGCAAUUUCAUGUUGAGGUACAUUAUUCCUCCGGAUUCUACUUCAUGUUUUCUAGAGAGUGAAGUUGAUAUGAGAAUGAUUUUUAGGAAUUUGGUUCGUUACAAUUCUGAUUUUGUUGAAGUGUUUGUGACUGAUUUGCCUUCUAUUAGUGAAAGUGUGGUGAGUAACACAGUGUGUGAGGAUUCUAGUACCAUGCUUGAGGAGAAUGAUUAUUUGGGGUGUUAUAGGGCAGAGGCACCGAAGAGUUAUAUGACGAAAGGUUGGGAGAGUUAUAUUCAUUCUGAAGGCCAAAAGUUUGAGGGUGGGGUUGUUGAGUUUAGGGAUAAGCUGCGUAAGUAUGCUAUAGAAAUUGGCUUUUCAUAUGAGUUUGUUAGAAAUGACAAGGUUCGUGUUAUUGCUCAGUGUUCUAAGAAACAUUCUCAAGGCUGCAAUUGGCUGGUGAAGGCUUAUUUAUGUAGGGCUAAUGGUUUCUUUAUGAUUAAAAGGUUGGUUAAUGUUCACACUUGUCAUGGUGUGAUUCGUUUGCAGAAGAGUAAGAUGAUGGGAUCCAAGGUUGUCAAGUCUAUUGUGCUUGAUAAGAUUCGUGCCAAUCCAAACAAAAAGCCAAUUGAUAUAGCUGAUGAGAUCAAGAGUGAUUAUGGUUUGGAUGUUGCUUAUCGUACAGUUUGGUAUGGUACGGAGUUGGCAAAAACAGCCCUACAUGGUGAUGAAGCUGAGUCUUAUGCUCAGCUACUUUGGUUCAGUGAGUCUGUUAUGAAGUCAAACCCCGACUCUAGGAUAGUGGUUGAGUUUCAUCGAGAAACACACAGGUUUCAGCGUAUGUUUGUGAGCUAUGGUGCAUGGAUGAAGGGUUUUCAAUCUUGUAGACCUAUUCUUUUCAUUGAUGCUACAUUCAUCACCAACAAGUACAAGGGGCAGAUUAUUGCUGCAUCGGCAAAGGAUGCCAAUCAAGGCUUGUAUCCAGUUGCUUAUGCUAUUGUGGAUUCUGAAAAUGAGAGUAAUUGGAGUUUUUUUCUUGAGGUUUUGGCUGAAGAGUUUGCAAAACACCCUAUGAGGAGGGUGACAUUCAUUUCUGAUCGUCAUGUUGGGCUUGUUAGUGCUUUCCCUAGAGUGUUUCCUAAUAAUCCACAUGGGUUUUGUUUUAGACACCUGAUGUCUAACCUUUCUGACAAAUUUCCAGCUGGAUCUUACCUCAAGGAUCGGAUUCCUUACUUGUUUAUGUGUUGUGCUUAUUCUCGCACACCGGAGAUGUAUGAGUUCAACAUGGAAAUCUUGAGGAGUGAAGGCGGGGACAUAGUUGCUCAAUUUCUGGAGGAUCUUCCCAAGGAGAACUGGUGUAUGGCUUACUUUAAUGGUGAAAGAUUUGGUGAAAUGACAAAUAACUUGGCUGAGUCUUUCAAUAAUUGGGUGUUGCCUUUGAAGAGUCUUCCUAUUCUUGAUAUUAAUGAUGGCAUUAGAGUGAAGUCCAUGGCUUCAAUUGCUGGUCGGAAGCAGGAUGCUCAUGAAUGGUUUUCUGAGUUGUGCCCAGUGAUUGAAAAGAAGCUGAAGGACAAUUUGGAAGUCGGAAGGCAUUGGAGAGUGAGCAGGUCUGAUACCUAUGUGUAUGAAGUUCACUGCCAGAAGUACAAUAGCAUGGUAAAUUUGGAAAGUCGGUUUUGUUCGUGUGGAGAAUGGCAGCUGUAUGGUUUCCCAUGUUCCCAUGCACUUGUAGUGAUCCAACAACAUGGUUCUUCCCCGUAUUUGUAUGUCAAUGAGCUGUACAAGGUGGAUAAAUAUCGAGAAACUUAUUCUUUCCCAAUUAAUCCUCUUCCCUCUAUUUCGAAGCAAGUGCAUGAUUUUGGUAGAGAUGCUGUGAUCUUGCAGCCGCCUUUGACUAGAAGACCACCGGGAAGGCCUAGAAAGAAGAGGUUCAGAAAAAGGAGCGAGAAAACCAGGGUGAUCAAGUGUGGUAGGUGUGGAAAAUGUGAUGGUCACAACAGAAAGAGUUGUACAGCUCCGAUAUAGGUUCAAUUCUGCCUACAUGCCUUUAACAGUGACAUGGCAAGUGACAUAGCAAGUGACUCCAAUACAGUUUGAAUAUUUGUUUUGAUUUUUCAUUUUUUUCAAUAAAUGAUAAGAAGUGCUUGUAAGGUGCUUACUCAUUGGAAUUUUUUUUUUUUGACUAUGAGACAGUUUUUCUGCUUUCUUCUUUUAUAAAUCCUUCAGUAUUCUUUGUGUC